AUGCCUUCCCACACUACCAACUUCGACGUCGCACGCCCCAAGAGCAGCCGCGCCGGCUCCGACGCCAGCUCCUCCAUCUCCACAGACUCCUUCACCACCAGAAGGGCUGUUUCGACGGACUCCCCGCGCCCGUCCAAGCGCAAGUCCUCGAACUCACAGACUGUCAACGUCUACACUCACUGCGGUCGUCACAGCUCCCAGUUCCUGUUCGGCGGCCGCUCGUUCAGCGACAUGGCCCGCCACAUCUUCAAGCGGGACUAA